GAGCCAUUCAAGACUCUCAAUUAGAAUCUUUCAAUAAUAAUGUUCCGGCGGAACUUCGUCGUAUUUUACAGGAGGAUAUUCGAGGUGUGACCUUGCCACGUCUAAUCCCUCCGUAGGCAGUUUAGUUUAUUUCCUUUAGACUUGUGUGCGUGUGGUUUAUUUUUCUGUUUUUUUUUUCUUCUUUGUAUAUAAUGCAUCUUCAUUCGAAUAAAAAAAAAACCUUAUCUCUUACAUAAAAAUCACACAAAAUUUCUCUCCUAAGCUAGCAAGUCAACAAAAAUUUAUUUUCUACAAUAUUCAUAUUUUUAUCUGUCCAAAUUUCUCUGAGUUCAAAGUGUGCUAUUUCCGUAUCCAUUUAAGUGCAACGAGUUACGAGUCUAUCAAUUACACCCUCACUAGUCACUCGCCAACUCCACUUGAGUAGCACCCAAUCCUCCAUAAAACUUCAUAAACCCCCCGAAAGCCAAAACUAAAACCCUAUUCUUUCUCUCUCCUCAACCUUUCUUCAACCUUCAACAAUGGCGUUAUUCGCCAGAUUUCGAUCAAGAUCAAUUCUUCAACUCCGAAACUACUCAUUAUCUCCCUCAUCAAUCCUAAGCUCGGAUUCCAAAACAAUCUUAACAAGCAAAGAGAAAUCUAGGGCAGCUCUUUCUCUCCUAAAAACCGAGAAAAACCCAGAAAAAAUCCUCGACAUUUGUAGAGCAGCUUCCUUAACCCCUGAAUCUCACCUUGAUCGCAUCUGUUUUUCUGUCGCCGUUUCUAAGCUCACUGAAUCGAAUUACUUCGAGGGUAUUCGCGUUUUUAUUGAGGAUCUUAAGAAACGCCCAGAUUUGCGAAACGAACGUUUCAUUUCACAUUCUAUUGUACUAUAUGGGCAAGCUGGUAUGCUUCAAAAUGCCAUUGAUACUUUUCAGCAAAUGGAAGAACUGGGUAUACAUAGGACUGUCAAAUCACUCAAUGCUUUGUUGUUUUCUUGCAUUAUUGCUAAGAAAAAUAACGAGGUCAAGAGAAUUUUUACGGAUUUUCCAAAAACGUAUAACAUUCAGCCUGAUAUUGAAACUUAUAAUACUGUGAUCAAGGCUUUUUGUGAGGCGGGUGAGUCGACUUCAGGUUAUUCAAUCUUGGCUGAGAUGGGGAGAAAAAAUUUCAAGCCAAAUGCAACAACAUUCACUAAUAUGAUUUCUGGGUUUUACAAGGAGCAGAAGUUUGAGGAUGUGGGAAAAGUUCUAGAAUUAAUGAAAGAGCAUGGACUGAAACCAGGGCUCAGCACAUAUAAUGUCAGGAUCCAGAGUUUGUGUAAGUUGGGAAGGUCAUUUGAGGCUAAGGCUCUGUUAGAUGGGAUGCUUGAAAGGCAUAUCAAGCCGAAUUCAAAUACCUACACUAGUUUGAUCCAUGGGUUCUGUAGGGAAGGGAAGCUUGAGGACGCAAAGGCGUUGUUUAAGAGAAUGAUCAACCAUGGAUGUAAACCAGACACUAAUUGCUACUUCACUCUUAUAUACUUCUUGUGCCAAGGUGGUGAUUACGAAACUGCAUUGCAGAUUGCCAAGGAGAGUAUAGAGAAGAAUUGGGUCCCGAAUUUUACUACCAUGAAAUCUCUUGUGGACGGUCUGGUGAGCGUAUCAAAGGCUGAUGAAGCUAAGGAGCUUGUUGCUCUAAUGAAGGGGAAAUUCCCAAACAAUGCUGAUCUUUGGAAAGAAACUGAAGAGAAGCUAUCACAGUAGGAGGGGACUAAAGCUUCACAUGCUUUGUUGGAUAUCAUACAAUUAAUAACAUUGUAGCCGAGAUGUCUGCUUGGAUACUACUUCGUAUUUUGUAAAAGCUCCUCUUGGUUCUUAAGCCUGGAUACUAAGCUUUUUCGACAUAAGAUAAGGUCAUUAGCUCAUUUUGCUUACUGAUGUUUCCUUAGAAUCUUUUCUUUGUUGACCUAGUGAUGGUGCUUUUUGAAUGGCCACUCUCAUCACUGCUGUUCUAAUUAUUGUUCUGAAAGCAGCAAUAAUUUGUGAAAUCUAGCUAGAGAACAUAUACAAACAGUUUUGCUAUUUUGUAGACGAUUAUUUUUAAACAGCUUUGUGUAGCAUGUUUUGUAAUUUGUAUUACUCCAGUACUUCCUUAGCUGAGGUGAUUAUUAUAGCUAUUGAGAUACAAAGAUCUACCAUUAACACCUCUACAGCUUCAGGGAGUCAGCGAGUCGCACACACUAGUCUUCAAGUGAUUUGUUAGAGAAAGGGGGCUGGAAUUCCGAAUUCUGUAAUGUGCACACCUUUGUGUGAGUAGAGCAUUACAUGCGAGAUCUCAUGUAAAGUGGAAGAGAAUUUUAUGCU